CAAGUGCUUGUAGUCUGGAUCAUCAACAACACCCGCCCCCAGCAUGACAUCUCUCCCUACUGUAUCCAUCGACAUUGAUUAUGGGAAUGAAAAAGGAAUCAUUGGAAGCUUUAUCAGUGGCUUCGCGUCUCAAGAAGACAUUGCGUCGGACAUGGCGAACAUGGACUUGGAAAGUGAUUCUCAACGCGUAUCUCCGCGCACACACCAAAAGUAUCUGAGACAAAUGCAAAACAUAGCAAAUCGUGAACAAUCCUUACUGGCAAUUGAAUUAGAGGAUAUUGCCCAGCACGAAGGAUCUGUCUCCGGUCUUGUGCAGCGAAUACUACACAAUACCCGGAGAUAUGUUCAUCUUUUUUAUGAAACCCUAGACAGUCUGAUGCCUGCACCAACAAAGGAUAUAUCGCAGGAGGAUGACGUUCUUGACGUGAUAGUACAUCAGCGGAGGGAGAAGAAUAUCGAGAAUGAUAGCAACGAUGCAGAUAUUUUCCCUCCACAACUAAUGCGGCGAUACAAUCUCUAUUUCGUUCCGUUGCACUCUGAUACACCACUGUCCGUUCGUCGGAUUCGAGGCAGUCAGAUUGGGCGUCUUCUCACUGUUCGGGGGAUGAUUACUCGGGUCUCCGAAGUAAAGCCACUGCUUCAAGUCAACGCAUACACCUGCGAGAGUUGUGGUUCCGAAAUUUUUCAAGAUAUCAUCAACAAACAAUUUACUCCUUUGAUUGACUGUAUCAGUCAAAUCUGUCUCGCGAAUGGAACCAAAGGCACCUUGAACAUGCAAACGAGGGCGAGCAAAUUCAGCCCAUUUCAGGAAGCAAGGCUUCAAGAACUUACGGAUCAAGUGCCCAUGGGACACAUUCCCCGUAGUAUGGGAAUCCAUUUGUACGGAGAUCUGACUCGCCAGAUCAGUCCUGGGGAUAUCGUACAUCUUGGGGGGAUUUUUCUACCAUCUCCCUAUACCGGAUUUCAGGCGCUUCGUGCAGGUUUACUCACCGACACUUACCUUGAGUGUCAUGCAAUCACUCAAGAUAAGAAGCAAUACUCUCGAUACGAGUUAUCAGCCGGGGAUGAACAAAAGAUCGCUGCUCUUCACGGGGACUCUAACCUUUACUCUCGACUGGCGAAUAGUAUUGCCCCUGAAAUCUAUGGCCACGAAGAUGUUAAAAAGGCGCUCCUUUUACUGCUCGUUGGAGGGGUUACCAAGAUGAUGGAUGAUGGCAUGAAGAUCCGCGGUGACAUUAAUGUCUGCUUGAUGGGUGAUCCGGGUGUUGCCAAAUCUCAGCUUCUCAAAUAUAUCUCCAAAGUGGCUCCUCGUGGGGUAUAUACAACUGGGAAGGGUUCAUCAGGGGUAGGAUUGACGGCGGCCGUUAUGCGCGAUCCUGUGACAGAUGAAAUGGUUCUAGAGGGUGGUGCUCUGGUCCUCGCUGAUAAUGGUAUUUGCUGCAUUGACGAAUUUGAUAAAAUGGACGAGACAGAUCGAACUGCUAUACAUGAAGUCAUGGAGCAACAAACCAUCUCUAUCUCGAAAGCCGGCAUUUCUACUACGCUGAAUGCUCGUACGUCGGUUCUUGCGGCAGCAAACCCUGCGUAUGGGCGCUACAAUCCUAAGAUUUCUCCUGUGGAGAAUAUCAAUCUUCCUGCGGCAUUGUUGUCGCGGUUUGAUGUCAUGUUCUUGAUCCUCGACAAACCCAAUCGGGACGACGAUGAGCGGCUGGCCUCACACGUAACCUAUGUGCAUAUGCACGGACACCAUCCACCUCUUGAGUACGAUCCGAUUGACCCACAACUUAUGCGACAAUACAUUGCGCUGGCGCGGAAAGUCCGACCCACCGUUCCUCAACACAUUUCGGCAUACGUCGUGGAGGAGUACGUGCGUUUGCGUAAAGAUCAUAAAGAUCAAGAAUUAGCGAGGAAGUCACAUACCUACACGUCCGCACGCACCUUGUUAGGCAUCCUCCGGUUAGCGCAAGCACUUGCCCGAUUGCAAUUUUCACCAACCGUUAAUCGAGAGGAUGUGGAUGAGGCCAUACGGCUGAUGGAGAAAAGUAAAGAGAGCCUAGAGGAAGAUAACGAGCUUGGCGAUCGUGAGGCUGAUCGGACAGGCACGUCAAAAAUUUACAGACUAAUAAAAGAUAUGAUCCCGCGGGAGAGAGGCCCAUGGACCUCCUCAAACAAACUUGGCAGAGGUCCUGAUGGAAAUUCCGAUGGAGAGGACGACGACUUCGAAUUAUCCAUCGUUGAUAUUCGUUCCAGAAUUUUAGCUGCAGGAUUCACUGAGACUGAACUCAUGGAUACGAUCCAAGAGUAUGAGUUUCUGGAUGUUUGGACUCGGACUACCAACGGUUCAAAACUUCGGUUCUCUCGCUGAGGCGAAUAUGUAAUAGCUUGUAUAACCCGUAUUAAUUGUACAUAGAUUGGGGAUGUCUCGUAUUCAACCAAGGCCCUUUUCAUCACAGCCC